CCAAGAAAUCAACCAGGAAGCAAACGGCGGAAAUUUAGAUCCACCUCACGCUUUCAGCUAGCAGGUUUGGGGCUGAGCUGUCUUCUUUUUCCUGGAUGGAGAGGCCACUGGAGUAGACAGCAGAUGUCUCCAGCCAAAGAAGGUGCACGGUUUUAAAGAAACGAUGUGUCUAACUACCCGGGAGGGUCUGUGAGGUGAAUGGACGGAUAGCCAGCUGAGAGUGUCCUGUCACUGACAGCCAGCCACAUUAAACACCGACGCAUGGCCCUGCUCCUCAGCUAGCCCAGGUAGACGACGUAACGAGACGACAAGACUAGCAUCAUGUUCCUGAAAACAUCCUUCACCACGCUGAUCGUGGGGGUCUUUGUGGUGUACGUGCUCCACACCUGCUGGGUGAUGUACGGGAUAGUGUACACUAAGCCCUGCGACAGACCCAAAGGUGACAACUGUAUCACACCCUUCUUGGCAGGGGAGCCGAAACUACAGUUGAGUAUCUACACUGCACUGCGGCCCAAUGCAGAGGGAGGACAUACCUUGAUCCACAAAGAGGAGAAGUUUGAUGUCAACAGCAAGUUCGAGAGGAUAGUAAAUGUCCCCCUCCCUAAGAAGACCCGCAACAAUGGAACUUUAUAUGCACUAAUAUUUGUCCAUCAAGCCGGCUUCACUCCAUGGCAGGAUCCACGACAGGUCCACCUGGUGGCUCAGCUCACCACAUACAUGGUCCCUAAACUGCCGGAAAUCUCUUUGAUAUCCGGAGAGGAUAAAGCACAGGGUCAGAAAGAAGAAGCCCAGCAGAAGAAACGGCUGGACGGAAACCCUGCUGCAGGAGGUGGUGCCACCUCCAUGUCAGAUCACCCAGUUUCCCACUGGCGCACUCGCCUGACACUCAACAUUGUCAGCGACCACUUCCUGUUUGACAGAGAAUACUUGCCUAGCGAUGUCCACAGAUACCUCAGAGUAUUCCAAAAUGGUAAGAAGAUGGUUUAUCUACCUCUGCUGUUUGUUGAUGAGCUCAGCAACCGGGUCAAGGACCUUGUCGAGAUCAACAGUACCUCCAUGGAGCUGCCUCUGACCAUCUCCUACGAUUCCAUUUCUCUGGGGAGGCUCCGAUUCUGGAUCCACAUGCAAGACGCUGUCUUCUCUCUGCAGCAGUUUGGUUUCACAGAAAAGGAUGCUGAUGAGAUUAAGGGAAUAUUUGUGGAUACCAACCUGUACUUCCUGGCUCUGACCUUCUUCGUAGCUGCCUUCCAUCUCCUCUUUGACUUCCUGGCGUUCAAGAAUGACAUCAGCUUCUGGAAGCAGAAGAAAAGCAUGGUGGGAAUGUCCAGCAAAGCAGUGCUGUGGAGAUGUUUCAGCACCAUAGUGAUUUUCCUCUAUUUGUUUGACGAGCAGACCAGCCUGCUUGUCCUCAUACCUGCAGGCAUCGGCUCUAUCAUUGAAGUAUGGAAGGUGAAGAAGGCCUUUAAAAUUCAGGUUUUCUGGAAAGGAGGCAAACCAACGUUCCUGUUUGGGAAAUUAGACGAAUCAGAGAGGAGAACAGAGGAGUACGAUACUCUGGCCAUGAAGUAUCUCUCAUACCUCCUCUACCCGCUGUGUAUUGGAGGGGCUGUCUAUGCUCUAAUAUUCCUACGAUAUAAGAGUUGGUACUCGUGGUUGAUCAACAGUUUGGUUAAUGGUGUAUACGCCUUCGGCUUCCUCUUCAUGCUUCCUCAACUGUUUGUCAACUAUAAGCUGAAAUCUGUGGCCCACCUGCCCUGGAAAGCCUUCAUGUACAAGGCAUUCAAUACCUUCAUCGACGAUGUGUUUGCCUUCAUCAUCACCAUGCCAACGUCUCACAGACUGGCCUGUUUCAGGGACGAUGUGGUGUUUCUCAUUUACCUCUACCAGAGAUGGCUCUACCCAGUGGACAAAACGAGAGUAAAUGAAUAUGGAGUUUCUUACGACGAAAAGCCCAAAGGAAAGACUCACAAGGACUAGUGAGGAAAGAGGAGUCAUGGCUUCCCUGAUCUGGUAUCUGCGGGUUUUGUCUUCAGUCCACCAGUAUCCACUGACUGGUAUUGGUCAUAUCAACUGAGCUGGUUUAACGGUCCAGAGGCGCCUGGAAAACUGUUUUUGUUUCUUGUCAGUUAGUUGGAAAUGGACCAGGCGCGUUAACAUCCUUUUGGUUUUUGGCUUUUUUCACUCCGUCCCAUAGUGCGAAGUAUUGAAAGGUCAACAUAUGCUUAUUUGCCUUUUGCAAUCGGGAGAGGAUUUUUUUGUUUUGUUUUUUUGCACCAUGUGGCGGGACAGAAACAUCAAUUAGGUAAACCGCAAGUUUUCCAUUUCAGACUGACACAACAACCUGGUGUGAAUGGCUUGCACCCUGCUCAUGACUAUGACCAAAUCUACAACAGGUCAGAAAGAGUACAUUAAUAUCGGUGGCAAAUUUGAGUCUUGUCAGCCAUAAAUUCUGCUCUUCCUGUUUAUCAAACAUCAGGUCAGUCCACAGAGCCAGCCACAUUCCUCCUCUAUUGGGACAGCCAUUGGGGCUUUUUUUCUACCUUGAUUUCCAGCUUUCCAGCAUUGGGUGGGCCUCCCAUUUUAAGCUCAUAACCCGCCUAUUGAGGACCAUUGUAAAUACUGUAUUUUCAGAAUUUUAAUUGCAGUGUCAAAAAGGGAUUAUGAUAAUUUUAAAUAAUUUUUGUGUUUACAAAUUCCAGUUAACUGACUGAGUACAAUUUGAGCCUGGGUCAGACUGCUUUGAAGAACUUAUAUCUGAAUAUAUUGAUUUUCCAUUUUAUUAUUCCAUAAGCGCAAAGUCUGAUACAUCGGAACUUUCAGAGGAGUUUCCGAAUCAUAAGUGGAUGUGUUGUUGACUCAGUUAGUUCUUCCUGAUGCAGAAUUUGAAUGUUUCUCUAGAAAUUCUAUGAAACUGUGCUAAUUAUCUGUCAAUAUUGCUCAGUGAAAAGGCUGUUAACAAUCUGCCUCUUAAAAAGUGUCAAUGUGUAUGCAUUUCAAUUUUUUAUUUUCCAGAUUAUCAUGUGGACAAAGCUAACAUGAGACAAAUUCAAGGUUGACAGACCCUGUUUCUUAAAAAAUGACAGAGGUAGGAAUCAAAAAGGACUAAAAAGUUAGAGCAAAUGCAUCACUCUUAAUUUUAGAUUAUAUAACGUACUUAUAACGUACUUUCCAUCUAUGUACAUAAUGAUGGCUGUAAUAGUAGCGACAUAUCAGAGUCCAAUAUGUUGCCAUGGUGAAGGGGAUGAGUUGCCUGAUUGUCACAGAAUCUCUAGAAAAUUCCGAUUUCUUGCCACGGAAGUAGGGAUAACUUUCCUAAACAUCUGCAAUCUAUUGAGUUAAACCCACUCUGUCCACACAUGGUACAACGAUAUUUACUUUUAUUUCACUGUAACACAGGAGGGUGCCACUGAAAGCCAUUCUGUCCUUUCCAUCCACUCUAGUUUUGUAGUUUUACCUGCUCGAGUAUUUUCUACAUAUCAGGGCCAAGGAAAUAUGUUGGUGCCAAAUGUGAGAAUGAUUCUUUAAACUGUUAUUAGCUUUGUAUGUUCAGUUCACCAUAAACGGUCCAUCUGAUGUUUUUAAACAGACACUGACAUUGUGAGGGAAAACAGUAAAUAGUAAGACUUGAGGAAAGUAUUACUACAUUUGGAUUUCAUGUUUUAUUUUUUUGCCAUAAUUUUAAUGUUAUGUUAUUUUGCUUUUUUAAUUUGUUGAUUUUUUUAAAGUAGAAAGAUAUAUGGAUAUAUUAGGUCUGUGCACAAAGAUCAAGCACAGGUUUUCUGUUCCUGUGUAAAAGUGGCCAGGAGAGAUUUGUCAGAAAAUUGCUUUGAAAUGGUUUUACUCACUGUAAUUUUUGUGUUUUUGAUUGUGAUUAAAUAAAAUUCCCGACUGAA